CUAGAACCUGGAUGGGCGGUGGGUGAGUGCAGUCACAGAGUAGUAGUAAAGGUACCUACUACCUACAUAAGAUAUUCCCCACUUGGUUCAAGUCUUGGCCGAGCAAAUCAGCAAGAGCAACAGCCGCAAGCUCACUGAAAUUUGCCUUCUCUUUUUCUCUGCAUCUGGUGUUUUUCUUGGCUUCCAACUUCCUUAACCAAUUCUCAAUUCUCAAUUCAAUUUUCAAUUCUUCUACAACCAAGAACUUGCCGUAUGAAUUAUGAGUUCAAGUAAACCGCAUACCUAGCACUGAAAUACCCUGCCUAUCUAGGUACAUAUCUACCCACCUAGGUAGAUAUCAGGACGGAAACCGGCACAGCACCGAGGUUGAUAGGUCAAUACAAGAUCAAGAAAAAAAAAGGGAAUCCUUUUUUCCCCCUUUUCCUUUUUUCUGACGACAAAAUUCGCAGUUCUUAUGAAUGUCCCAAAUCUGGUGCAGCCUAAUAAGCAAUCUCUGCGACUCCAUUUUCAACGCAACUGAGACAUUAUGACGCCUCAGAAAUCAUGUUAACUUCGUCGCCAACAAUACCAGGAGCAACAAGCGCAUCACCAAGGACUUUCCAUUAUGCAACUUCUCGCUCACCCCGCCAAUCCCCUAAGAUAACGGUGCCCUUACCGCGCCGCCAAUCUAAACCCUCACUAUCACGCUCCUCGCCCUCAGCCGCCCUACGAUCACCAUCUCUUUCUCGACCGAAACAAUAUGUUGCAGUUGAUGCCGCUACGCAGUACUCGCCAAUGGAGCCCUUCGAUCCCAUGGUCCCCCUACGAGCCGCCUCCGUGUCAGGUCCGCGGAUAUCUAGCUCCACAGCCACAACCAUAGUGUCAAUGUCGAGCCAGCCCAAACCACAGCCUGAAGCCCCAGAAAAUCCCGGGCCAACCCCAUCACCCAAUCGAUCUGCGAGCACUCAAGCCCAAAAUCAGGCUUUCCCACUUUCUCCUCACAAGAGGCGCAAAUCGCAAGAUCCAGUUACGCCCUACCCAUCUUCGUCGGUAGUGGCAUCAACCCAAGCGAAUUCCCCCAAACGAUCGAAACCAAACGAGCAUCCUCCCAAAGUGCUGCCUCUGAAAUAUGAGUUCUGCGAUGUGGAGGAUAUAGUGAUUCUUAUAGCAAAUAUGAUAGGGGAACUCAUUGAAACCAAUGACUUGAUCGCGAUGAAAAGUGGUCAACUUACCCGUUUUCACUCCAGGACAGCGCCUGGUAUCUCAGUGUUGGACUAUCUACAGCGGCUUGCGAAGCAUGCUACGCUGACUCCCCCACUUCUCCUCUCUAUGGUAUCUUACAUCGACCGUUUAUGCGAGUACUAUCCGGACUUCACGAUUAACACACUAACUGUACAUCGCUUCCUAAUUACCGCCGCAACAGUGGCAGGGAAAGGGCUCUCGGAUUCAUUCUGGAAUAAUUCCUUCUACGCGCGCGUAGGGGGCGUUAAGGUAGCCGAACUGAAGAUGUUAGAACUUGAAUUCCUUACCCGCGUGGAUUGGAGAAUAGUACCAAACCCGGAAGUUCUAAUAGUCUACUAUAAGGGCCUCGUUGCGCGGUGUAACGGAUAUGUCCUGGAGGGUGAGCAAGCCUCUUCACCCAAGGAAGGAGAUGAAAAGGAGGAAACCAAGGAUUCAUAGACGACAGGAGUGAGACACGCCAGAGAUGAAAUGAAGCUGGUAGGAUGGUAAUAGCAGGUGGAUAAUGACUUGCUCAGGAUACUACACAUCGAUAGGUAUCAAGAAUAUUCAAUCUAGGAGUUUUCUAGGUGGGCACGGGUUGCAUCUGGCGCUAUGUGCAGGGGGGGGAUUAGGUUCAGUAAAGUUGGCUUGGUUAUUAGAGAGGCCAAUAACGAUAUUUUCGACAUUGGUAGAAUCGUGGGCAUACCCAUUUUGUAACGUUCAUAGCGAAGCAUGAGGUUUAAGAGGAGGUCGAAUUGAUAUUUAGUACAAAAGUCUGCAAAUCAAAAGACAAACGAAUAUAAAAUGUAAACUGACGAAACUCUACAACUCAUAUCAAAUAUAUACAAUAUAUGUAGUUAUAUAUAUAUAUAUAUAUAUAUA